AUGGCAUCCUCGCUAUUAUACCCCAAUGUCAAUAAGUGGGUUUGGCCUGGUACCGGCAAAUUUGAGGGCGAAUGGAUCGAUCCUAAGAACCGUUAUCGGGAGCCGUAUUCGGGAACCAUUUUCGGGAGCCGAUUAUCGGAAAGGAAUUGUGUGUAUUGCCCUACACUCAUUUUCCAUURUUCGAGUGAAAGGGAACGACUCGACACCAUUCAGUUUAAGGGUGAUAAAGAUAAAAGGCGAAAGCAUAACGGGUCAUCGGGAAGUUUCAACAAGUUUAAGUUAGGCAAUUCAGAUAAAAGGAGAUUUGGUGGUAGCAAAUUUUCAGGGUCAUCUCAGAGUAUUACAAGUUCAAAUCCUUCAGUCGUGACUCCUCCAACUGUUUGCAAAGAAUGCAAUCUACCACACCGACCGGGUCCAUGCCUUCGGAUGACUGGUUCAUGUUUUAAUUGUGGUCAGCGAGGUCAUCUGGCUAGAAAUUGUAAAGUGGGUCAAGUGGCUAAAGCUUCAGGGACAAGUCAAUCUAAAGACAAGGGAAAGCAAUCCACYGCCGGAGGUCGAGUAUUCACAUUAUCAGCAGACAAACCCACUACUGGUAUGGUCUCUGGUCAUCUCCUUAUUGAYGAUAUGAGUAUAUAUGUUUUAUUUGAUACUGGGGCAACUCAUUCUAUAGUUGCAGAGCAUCUUGAAAGUAAUCUUAAACAGUAUGAACAGUCACUUGAGUUUCCCUUGCUUAUCUCUACCCCUAUGGGGAGCUCUGUCUGUAUUGUURCACAAUACAAAGACUGUCCUUUAUUUAUUGCAAAUCGAAUUCGUAAAAUCACCCUCCUUCCGAUGAAGAUGAACCAUUUUGAUAUAAUUGUUGGUAUGGAUUGGUUAUCCGAACAUCGAGCUGUGAUUGACUGCGAUUCAAAGCAAGUGAUAUUUGAUGAUAAAGUCAAUCCAAAAUCUGUAUUCCAGGGUGUCUCGCCUAAACCAGGAACCCGAGUUAUAUCGUUUGUCCAAGCUAAAGCUUUGAUUUGGCAAAGUUGUGAAGGCUUCUUAGCUACACUUCAAGAUCCGGGUGAGAUACAACUUAAACCUGAAGAUAUUCAUAUUGUUAAUGAGUUUCCAGAUGUUUUUCCAGAUGAACUUCCCGGUGUUGCCCCGGAACGCGAAGUUCAAUUUUCUAUUGACUUAAUUCCGGGAGCUGCUCCAAUUUCAAAGGCUCCAUAUC